AUGGAAAGAAUGGUUACGGCGGUAUACGAACGGUUUCUGGUUGCUAUGGAUAUAAGAGAUGAUAUUCGGAAACGUGCUCUAAUGCUAUAUGCAGCGGGAAACGAAGUAGAAAAAAAUUUUGCAACGUUGUCUGAGGUAGGGGAAGAAAAAGAUUACAAGAAAGCGGUUGAAAAGCUGAACGAGUAUUUUUUACCUAAGAAAAAUGUGUUACUUGAAACCCAUCAAUUUCGCCAGUUAAAACAAAUAACUGAGGAAACAAUUGAUCAAUAUUGUACCAGGCUUAGACAACAAGCCAUCAUCUGUGAAUUCUCUAACAGUGAAAAUGAGCUUAAAAUCCAGCUUGUUGAAGGAUGUUUAUCAUCGCGAGUGAGAAGAAAAGCCAUUCAGGAUGAUUUAUCAUUAGCAAACAUAUUAGCAUAUGCAAGAUCACUUGAAAUAACAGAUAAAGCUGUCAAAACAUUAGAAGAAGAUUGUGGGCAUUUAGCUCCCUCCUCGAGUGCGGUUAAUGCUAUACAUAACCAACAAGACAAGUCCAGUCAGUAUCAUGAACAAACGAACAGACAGCCACAUCAAUCAGCAACCCAGUAUCCUACAAGAAAUCGAUACUCCUACCCACUCAAGAAUGCGGGCCGAGAAAAUUCACGUGAGCAGCAACAGAAUGGUAAGAAACUAUGUUAUAAUUGUGGGGAAAAUUAUUAUGCAGGUCAUCUUAGUGUGUGUAAAGCAAAGGGAAAAUCUUGUUUUUCAUGUGGAAAACAAAAUCAUUUCACGACUAUGUGCCGUAGUCGUCAAAGGAACAAUAUUCCAGAAAAAGGGGAGAACAUUCAAGCCAUUAAUUGUACUGAAAAGCAAUCAAAUUCCUCUGAUGAAGAUUCAUAUGUUUUUGUUGUUACCCCACCAGUAGAAAAUGAG